GGACUUUUUUAUCAUUUCGCCCUGAGAAACCAAUAAUGGAUAUCCUAUGGAUUUUAUGGAUACUACCCACGGCAUUGGCUGUUGAAGAAACACUGAUGGACUCCACCACGGCAACAGCUGAGCUGGGCUGGACCGUCUAUCCCCAGUCAGGGUCAAGUGAAAACAGCUGGGAGGAGGUGAGCGGCUACGAUGAGGGCAUGAACACCAUCCGCACCUACCAGGUGUGCAACGUCUUCGAGAGCAACCAGAACAACUGGGUGCGCACCAAGUACAUCCGCCGGCGCGGCGCGCAGCGCAUCCACGUGGAGAUGAAGUUCUCGGUGCGCGACUGCGGCAGCAUCCCCAACGUGCCCGGCUCCUGCAAGGAGACGUUCAACCUCUACUACUACGAGUCGGACUCCGACACGGCCACCAAGACCUCGCCGCCGUGGAUGGAGAACCCGUGGAUCAAGGUGGACACCCUCGCCGCCGACGAGAGCUUCUCGCAGGUGGACCUGGGCGGCCGCGUCAUGAAGAUCAACACCGAGAUCCGCAGCUUCGGCCCGGUGUCGCGCAACGGCUUCUACCUGGCCUUCCAGGACUACGGCGGCUGCAUGUCGCUCAUCGCCGUGCGCGUCUACUACCGCAAGUGCCCGGCCGUGGUGCGCAACGGCGCCGCCUUCCAGGAGACGCUGGCGGGCGCCGAGAGCACCUCGCUGGUGCUGGCGCGCGGCAUCUGCAUCCCCAACGGCGAGGAGGUGGACGUGCCCAUCAAGCUCUACUGCAACGGCGACGGCGAGUGGAUGGUGCCCAUCGGACGCUGCAUGUGCAAGGCCGGCCACGAGCCCAUGGACAACGGCACCGUCUGCAAAGCGUGUCAGUCGGGCUCCUUCAAGCCGUCCCAGGGCGACGAGUCGUGCAUCCAGUGUCCAAUCAACAGCCGCACAACCAGCGAGGGGGCCAUCAACUGUGUGUGCCGCAACGGCUACUACCGGGCAGACUCGGACCCGCUGCAGAUGCCCUGCACCACCAUCCCGUCGGCGCCGCAGGGGGUCAUCUCCAUCGUGAACGAGACGUCGCUGACGCUGGAGUGGCGGGCGCCGCGCGAGUCGGGCGGCCGCGAGGACGCCGUCUACAACAUCAUCUGCAAGAGCUGCGGCGGCGGCGGCGGCGGCCGGACGGGCGGCUGCACGCGCUGCGGCGACAACGUCCAGUACGCGCCGCGGCAGCUGGGCCUGACCGAGACGCGCGUGCACAUCAGCGACCUGCUGGCGCACACGCAGUACACCUUCGAGGUGCAGGCGGUCAACGGCGUGUCGGACCAGAGCCCGUACUCGCCGCAGUACGCCUCGGUCAACAUCACCACCAACCAGGCCGCUCCGUCUGCGGUCUCCAUCAUGCAUCAGGUCAGCCGGACUAUUGACAGCAUCACUCUCUCGUGGUCCCAGCCUGACCAGCCCAACGGAGUCAUCCUGGACUAUGAGCUGCAGUACUACGACAAGGAGCAGUCGGAGUAUAACGCCACCGUCCUGCGCAGUCAAACCAACACGGCGGUCAUCCGCGGUCUGAAGUCCGGUGCGAUCUAUGUGUUCCAGGUGCGAGCACGCACUGUGGCCGGAUUUGGACGCUACAGCGGCAAGAUGUACUUCCAAACCAUGACCGAAGCGGAGUAUAACAGCAGCAUCCAGGAGAAGCUUCCUCUCAUCGUGGGCUCAGCUGCUGCCGGUUUGGUCUUUCUCAUCGCAGUGGUUGUCAUCGUCAUUGUGUGUAACCGACGGGGCUUCGAGAGAGCCGACUCGGAGUACACGGACAAGCUCCAGCACUACACCAGCGGCCACAUGACUCCAGGAAUGAAGAUAUAUAUCGAUCCGUUCACCUACGAGGACCCCAACGAGGCCGUGCGCGAGUUCGCCAAGGAGAUCGACAUCUCCUGCGUCAAGAUCGAGCAGGUCAUCGGCGCCGGUGAGUUUGGCGAGGUGUGCAGUGGUAACCUGAAGCUGCCGGGGAAGAGGGAGAUGUUCGUGGCCAUCAAGACGCUCAAGUCUGGCUACACGGAGAAGCAGAGGCGGGACUUCCUGUCGGAGGCCAGCAUCAUGGGCCAAUUCGACCACCCCAAUGUCAUUCACCUGGAGGGCGUGGUCACCAAGAGCAGCCCUGUGAUGAUCAUCACCGAGUUCAUGGAGAACGGCUCGCUAGACUCCUUCCUCAGGCAAAAUGACGGGCAGUUCACGGUGAUCCAGCUGGUGGGCAUGCUGCGCGGCAUCGCCUCGGGCAUGAAGUACCUGGCCGACAUGAAUUACGUGCACCGCGACCUGGCCGCCCGCAACAUCCUGGUCAACAGCAACCUGGUGUGCAAGGUGUCCGACUUCGGGCUCUCGCGCUUCCUGGAGGACGACACGUCUGACCCGACCUAUACCAGCGCCCUGGGCGGCAAGAUCCCGAUCAGAUGGACCGCGCCCGAGGCCAUCCAGUACAGGAAGUUCACCUCGGCCAGCGACGUGUGGAGCUACGGCAUCGUCAUGUGGGAAGUGAUGUCGUACGGCGAGAGGCCCUACUGGGACAUGACCAAUCAGGACGUGAUCAACGCCAUCGAGCAGGACUACCGGCUGCCGCCGCCCAUGGACUGCCCCAGCGCGCUGCACCAGCUCAUGCUGGACUGCUGGCAGAAGGACCGCAACAACCGGCCCAAGUUCAGCCAGAUCGUCAACAACCUGGACAAGAUGAUCCGCAACCCCAACAGCCUCAAGGCCAUGACCCCGCUCUCCUCAGGUGUUCACCUGCCUCUGCUGGACCGCAGCGUGCCCGACUUCUCCAGUUUCAGCACGGUGGACGAGUGGCUGGACGCCAUCAAGAUGGGCCAGUACAAGGACAACUUUGCCAACGCAAACUUCACCAGCUUUGACCUGGUCUCCCAGAUGACCAUGGAGGACAUCCUGCGGGUAGGCGUGACGCUAGCUGGCCACCAGAAGAAGAUUCUGAACAGCGUACAGAUGAUGCGGGCGCAGAUGAACCAGAUCCAAUCAGUGGAGGUCUGAACGCCCCUCCAGCCAGUCGUCAGCCAAUCACAGAAGGACUCCCCGCCCCCUUGGCCCUCCCAUUGCUGGUUUGGGCGUGGCUGGGUGGGUGGGGCCGCUUCUCGUCAUGAUGGGGAAAAAAAAUAAUAGAAAAAAAAUCCCCCUACCCCUGUCUUCCCAUUGACCCUGGUUCUAGGGGGAACUUCUUCCAGUUGCCCCCCCCUUUAUUAAUUCCUUACCCCACACAUCUUAUUUUUUCUAAAAUUCAACCCCUCUCCA